AUGUUUUUAGAUGCUUGGGUUUUGACUGCUGGUAUCAAUAAUGGUGUAUCAAAAUUGGUUGGUGAAGCGAUUUCGCAUUACGGUGUAUUGAGUGCCUGUCCAAAAAAAGUGAAAUGUAUUGGAUUAACUACGUGGGAUACAAUGAAUGAAAGCACACGCUUGGAACUUAAGCACUCAGCUAAAAUUUCUGAUAAUCUUGAAGAAGAUAAAGAAACAAUUGAAAAGAAUCACACACAUUGUAUUCUAUUUGAUGGUGGACAAUUGAAUACAUAUCUUGAUGAUUCACAUCGUCACAAAUUAGUCACUCACGCCUGUGCACAACAAGAUCAUACAUGUCAUGCUGUAACACUCAUUAUUGAAGGAGGUGUAAAAACUCUCGAGGUUAUUAGAAAUGAUAUUGAUGCACAAAGACCAAUUGUACUCAUUCAAGGUAGUGGACGUUUAGCUGACAUGCUUGCUAAACUAAUUAAACAGACUUCUAACUUUGAGCAAAAUCAACUAAGUAGCAAUACAGAAAAUCCAGAACAACGUCGAAGGGAUGAAGAUAUAUUAGUAGAUUUAGCCAUUGAAUGGAACUAUCUUGAUGGCGUUUUACCUAUUUUACAAUCACGAAAGGAUUUACAAAUGGAGAAGACACAAGAAUUAAUUACGGAGGAUAUGAAACGUGAAAAAGAACUAUUUAAAAAAUGUUUGAAAAAGAAUCGUCCAGCAUUUAUUCAAUAUUUCCUUAUGUCUGGAUUCGAUCCACUUACUUUAAUAAAUAACAAAGAUAUAUCUUCUUAUCAAACAGUCAUUUUAGAUUUCUAUAAAUAUAGUCAUUGUCAUAUGACUGAAAGCCAUGCAGACCGCGUAGAAACAUUAUUUGGCGAAUCAUUUAAAAUAACAUUGGAAACACUUGAUGAGAAAUUAAAUAAAUUUGUUGGUGCAUUUAUUGAACCGAUUUAUUCAGCGACAAAUCAUGAUUGUAUUAGACGUGUUUGUAUUGAUAUGAAACUUCACCUAUGUGGUAACUGCAGAUCUGAAAAACACGAUUUCAAACGACACGAUUGCAAACAACAAGAUGACGAGACCAAACCAGUCGGCGACCAUAAUAAUCAGGUUGAGAAUAAUGUAUCAAAAUAUACUAAAGAUAAAUUUUUACGUGAUCUUUUCUUGUGGUCUAUUUUCAUGGAUAUGCCUGAAAUGGCAAAAAUAUUUCUUGUUCAUCUACCAUCACGUAUUUGUGCUGCUUUGAUAGCUUCAGCUAUAUUUAAACGAUAUUCUAAAGCAUCAACAAGUACUUAUAUGAAAGAAAAAUUCCAAAAUCAAUCACUUGAAUUUGAAGAAAAUGCAGUAAGAUUUAUUGAUAAAUGUUAUGAAUAUAAUGAAAGAUUAGCUUGUGAAUUACUUUUGAGAAAAGUACCGCUUUUUGGAAAUGUUACAUGCAUGCAGGUUGCUAUUUCAAGUGAAUGUGGAAAAUUAGUUGGAACACAUUGUUUUGAUCAAGCAGUGAAUCAAGUAUGGUGCAACAAAUUAUCUAUUACAAACCAACAGACAUCUGCAAAACCGUCGCUACUAUUUUCAAUAUUAUCCUUUGGUUUAUUAGCACCGAUUUUUGUUAAUUAUCGAAAGGAUAAAACUAGAACAGAGGAUGAAUUAUUAUCGUCAGAAGGAAUCAAUUAUUAUACAGAUAUAAAAUCAACCAAAAUCGAAUCAUUCACCGAAUAUUGGUCAAAAUUUAAAUAUUUUCAUCAAAGUCCUAUGAUAAAAAUGUGUUAUCAUUUUAUUAGUUACAUUUGGUUUUUACUUGUCUUUAGUUAUAUGAUGCUUUAUCAUCUUGAUAGUCCAUCUACAUUUACAAUUCCUCAUUGGACUGAAAUUUAUGUCAUUAUAACAAUAUUUACAAUGUCUUGUGAAGAAGUUCGAAAAUUAUGUCAUGAAUAUAAAAAACGAAUGAUUGAACGAUGGGGUUCUACAAGAUCCAGUCUUCUCACUGUUUUAAUACAUAUGUUCUAUUUUACACCAUAUAUUCUGUUUUAUCUUGGUCUUGAAUUUCGAUACGUUCAUAAUGACAAUAUCCUCACUAUUACAAGAAUCAUUUGGGCAUUUGAUCUUGAACUAUGGUACCUUCGAUCACUUAAGUUCGUCAUUGCUCUCAAAUCUAUUGGUCCAAAAUUGUUUAUGCUUAAAAAUAUGUUUCGAGCUCUAGUUGGAUUUGUCUAUAUGAUUUUCAUAGCCAUAGCUGCAUAUGGUGUUGUAUCAAGAGCAUUAAUCUGUUAUAAACAAGUUCCAUUUAUUUUUACUGAUAUAGUGAAAGAAAUAUUUUAUGAACCAUAUUGGUUUAUCUAUGGAGAAUUUUCUGAUAAAAAGUUACUUGAUGAUAAAGCUAAUAAUGAUACAUCAUCAGUUGUAACAGAAGCAACAGCUACACAGUUUUUAUUAGCAUUUCAUAUGUUAUUUAUUAAUAUUCUCAUACUCAAUUUAUUAAUUGCUGUUUUUACUCAUACGAUUGAUCAAGUUCAAGAAAAUACCGAAUUUUAUUGGCGUUAUCAACAUUAUGCAUUUGUUCGAGAAUAUUUCGAGCGUCCUCUACUUGCUUAUCCAUCAUUAAUUAUUAUUCCACAUAUUAUAAUAGUUUGUCGUGCUCUGCUGCAUAGAUGUUGUCCGAAAUUAUGUCAAAAUCGAGUUUAUGAGAAAAAUCAUCAAUCAAAAUUAAUGCACAUGACAUAUGUUUUCACUCAAAUUGAUUAUGGAAAAGGAAUUUUAGGAUUUGAAAAUGGUUGGUUCAUGUGA